ACGCGUCUCUUAAUUUAUUUGAACCAUGAAAGCGCUCUCCUUCCCCCGACUGGUAGUGUCCUUUGGCCAUUUAUGUUUCCUCGGUGGUUUCUUGGAGGAAGCUGGCGCUCAGGAGGCUGCUGCUGCUGCUGCUGGUGAGGAUGCGCUCCGGAGGGGGUUGACAUGGCAACACAACGGGCAGGUCUUCAGCAUCCUGAGCCGCGGGUCUCGGUACAGGCCGAGCCCGAGGGGCCAGAGCGGGCCCGGCCGCGGGGCCCCCGUGGUCCUGCUCAGCAGCUCCAACGACACGGUCCCCGUCGGAGCCCCGCGCGUCCCGGCCAGCAGCAGCUCCGCGCAAAUACGCGCCAUGACGCGGCCUCUGCCCAGCGCUGGCGCCGCCCUGGUCAACCGGGAGGACAUGAUGGUCGGAGACGAUCCCUACAACCCGUACAAGAACCACGGGUACGACCCCUAUUAUAACUACUUUGACUCGUACUACCGACCCAGACCCCGGACUCAGCCCCGGCACGGAUACGGCACCAGCUACCACCAGAACGGUCUUCCAGACCUGGUCCCUGAUCCGUAUUACAUCCAGAUCGCCACCUAUGUGCAGAGGUCCCCUAUGUACAACCUGCGCUGUGCUGCCGAAGAGAACUGCCUCGCCUCUUCUGCUGCUCACGUUCAUGAUUACGACACCAGAGUCUUGUUGAGGUUCCCUCAGAGGGUGAAGAAUCAGGGAACAGCCGACUUCCUGCCCAGUAAACCUCGAUAUGCCUGGGAGUGGCACAGCUGUCACAACCACUUCCACAGCAUGGACGAGUUCAGUCUCUACGAGCUGCUGGAGCAUCAGACGGAGAGACAGGUGGCGGAGGGUCACAAGGCCAGCUUCUGCCUGGAGGACACUUCCUGCGACCCGGGUUACUACCGCCGCUUCGCCUGCACCUCACACACUCAGGGUUUGAGUCCAGGGUGCUACGACACCUACAACGCCGACAUUGACUGUCAGUGGAUCGACAUCACCGACGUCGCACCUGGAAAAUACAUCCUUAAGGUGACAGUAAAUCCCAAGAAUCAGGUUCCCGAGUCCAACUUCAACAACAACGUCGCUCGAUGCGAUGUGCAGUACACCGGCACCGCGGCGCACGUGUCAGGAUGCACCGUGACGAGCUACUGAGCGGCGGGUCACCGUGGGCCUGAAGAAGACCGAAGAGCUGCACCGACGACGUUGUUCACGCAGCUUCAGUCUUUUACACACAACCAAAAUACAUAAAAACACAAAAAACAGGGAGUAUAUGCUGAAUGAUGGAUUAACACAUUUUGAAGGUACUGUUACAUGUUUAUAGUGAAUGCUGUUUUAGUUCUUUAUGUCACUAAUCGUCCUCAGGUGAAGGCGUUUAGCUGCGGUGGCGCUGUAUUUACCUGAGUCACUGCUUCCUUACCUUUUCUUGCUUUGCUUUUAAUAUAUGAAAUUACUGAAAGAUGCUAAAUUUGAGUAAAUCUAUGAGAUGAGACACAUGUUUUCUUUGUAUGUGAUAAAAAUUUAAUUAUUUUAGGUUAAUUGUUGAAUUACAUUUCCAGCUUUAGAGAGUUUCUGAGUAUUUCUGAGAUAAAGUGUUGCAGCAGUUCUGUUUUGCCCUCCUUCGUCCUUUUACAUCAUUGAGCUUUUAUUUUUGUUUUUUGAUUGGUACUGUAGUGGAUCUUUGAUUAUUGGUGCUAUAAAACUGAGUUUCACUUUGUGCCAUUUGCGUCCUCACUUUGAUCUUGAAAAGACAAAAACAAGGAACCCGAUGAGCUCCUGUGGAAACCUGUGGAAACUGAGACAUAGGAGUGAACGUGUGUGUGUGUGUGUGUGUGUGUGUG